UUCCAAGACUAGACUAUUGUUAUAACUUAUAUCAAGCAUCUGAUCGUAUGUCAUAAUGCCAAAAGGUGACACUUCCAAUUCAAACCAGAGCUGUCCAAAUGUAACCUCCAUAUUUAUAGCACCCAUCAAGACAUCAGCUUUUGAGUUUAUUAUUGAGUGGUCAAUAUUAAGAAAAAAACUAUAAUGGUUAAUCACAUGAACCCUAAUGCAAUUUUUGGAAUGUAGAGGGUGGGUGGUAAAACACACUGCUUUUUCACGGUUCUGCAUAUGCUAUAUUUGAUAUUUAAUAUAUAAAGUACUUUUGAGAGUAUAAAGUGGCGUUUAAUAUGUCGAGUAGUUAGAUGAUCGACAUAUAUAUUACUUUUCAAAAGUAAGGCCAUAUGACUAUUAUUUAUGGACCUAAUACACAAAUUAUCAAAUGUAGCAUGAGUUUAACCUUUUUUCACCAGCCCCUAAAAUGAAUCGACAAGUAGAGGGUAGAAUCCAACUUAGAAAAACCUAGAAGAUUAUAUUUUCCUUAUUUGGUGGGAAGAUUUGGGGAAUCAACCAUUAAACACAUGAAUAAUCAACUAAACCUUGUUGUUUGAUUAAUCUCAGAUAGUCAUGCUUUCUUUACAAAGAAACUAGUAAACAACUUUCGAAAUCCCAAUUUACAUCAGGUGAUGGCAAUGCCAUAUUGCUUGCCUACUGUUAUGUAAUGUACUCAAGAGGAAAGUAAAGAUGUCAAUCUUCCCUCAGCCAACUCCAAGAAGAAAACUAUGAUAUCCUUCUAUUGAAAGAGGAUCUGCUUUUGGAAGUUUAGCUACAAAUGAUUCCAAGAAGCAUGCAUUUUUGGUAGUUGUGUCUACAACACAUGUAAAAUAUAUAUAUAAAGACAUUUAUGAGUAGGAGAGUUGGAAAUGCACAUUACUCACUACUGUAUUUACCCUGUUUCCCGAAUCGGAUUUUCCAUUCCAAAUUCUGUUACAUCUCUAUUCCCUUUAAUAUGUACACGCCAUGUGUACAAAGAUGACGUCAUUUAUUUUAUUUAAGGAAAGAUUUUAUACAUGCAGCGCUGUGUAUGUUAAUUGAAAUAGAAGAUGUCGUCUCUGUCUUUCUCUCUCUCUCUCUCCAUUCUAUAACUGCUAUUUCCUUCACUUAUGAGUUCAUAUGGAUAAGUAUCCUUUGUUUGAAAUGGCACAUUGUAACUUUCAAUGGCCAUCUCAUGGUAAGUUGUCAACCAUUUUUAUGGUAAGGAAAAUAUGAGUUGAUUAUCUUCUAUAUUUUGCUCUUCAUUUUCUUUAUCAGUGCUCUUUUUCCUGGACCCUUUUUGUUAUCUGUAGCACUGCAUGUCUGGAGCUGUGGCAUUCAUCAGCUGGAUUAUAUGUGUUUUCCCUGAAAAGGUGUUGUUUUUUCAUUCUUGAUGGAACAGAUAGUGACGAAGAACGAUUAGUCAUUUCUGAAUCACCAUGGAUGCAAGACAAAGAACGUCAGUACGUUUCGUCGUUUAUGUUUACAGUAGUUAUAGGAAGAAAUUUCCGUUCACUUUUGUUCCCUCUGUCACGAAGUUUAACAAAUACGAAUCGGUUCCAAAAAAUUAAAACUUCCCUCCAAUGAUGUUGUGCUUGGCUGGCAUAAACAGUUAGAUUCAAAGUUAAUUGCCUCAAGAACCACGCAGUCACUUAGAUUUCAUCACAUACACAUAUUAACUUAGUCCUACUAAAGCGUGCUUAAGUUUUGGAAAGUAUCAGGUUCUUACAUUGUUGUCUUGAUCAUCAACUUAUAUAUGUGGCUGGCCCUGCCAGCAGUAACUGAGCUUACAUGUGUUAACAGAGACGACGCAUACAAAAGAAAGCUGCAGAGGAUCAAAGUGAGGAGUGUCGAGAAUUCUUUUAACUUUGCUACUGGAGGCAAGAAUGCUAAAUGGAAGUUCCAACCCUUAAAACUUGUCCUGAUUAUCCUUGUUCUUGGUGUGUUUUUCACGUUUCUUUCUUCUCCAACAGUUUGUUAUCAAAACGGCACAUCCCACACAGUUUCUCGGUGGAUUUGGGGUGGAUCAGAUCCUCGAUACAUAUCAGAUUUAGACAUCAGUUGGGAAGAAAUUUUGAGAGCCUUGAAUCAGUUACAAGACUAUGACAAAAUUCAAGGGGUCGGCCUUCUCAAUUUCAACAAAAACGAAAUCCAUAAAUGGCAACACUUUAUUCCCAACGCCAAUCACACCGUUCUCCAUCUGGACUAUGCUGAUAAAAACCUGACAUGGGAGUCCUUGUACCCAGAGUGGAUCGAUGAAGUCCAAGAAAAUGAAGUUCCCAGCUGCCCUUCUCUUCCAAGCAUUGAAGUUCCAAGAGAACGACUUGAUCUCAUCGCUGUCAAGCUUCCUUGCCGAAAAGAAGGCAACUGGUCAAGAGACAUUGCUCGGCUGCAUUUACAGAUUGCUGCUGCUAAUUUAGCCGCCUCUUGCAAAGGAAUUUACCCUGUGCACGUUCUUUUUGUAACAAGCUGCUUUCCCAUACCAAACUUGUUUACCUGCAAGGAUUUGGUUGCACAUGAAGGUAAAACGUGGUUGUAUAAGCCAAAUUUGACAGCAUUGAGAGAAAAGCUUUGCCUCCCAAUUGGAUCCUGUGAACUUGCGCUUCCGCUUGGAGGUGUAGAAAGGGAUUACUCAAGAAAGAGGCAAAGGGAGGCGUAUGCCACGAUCCUGCAUUCAGCUUAUGUUUACGUUUGUGGAGCCAUAGUUGCCGCGCAGAGCAUCAGAAUGUCAGGGUCCACCAGGGACCUUGUCAUUCUUGUUGAUAAAUCGAUCAGCGACCACCAUAGAAACGGGCUAGAAUUGGCGGGUUGGCAAGUCAGGACUAUAGAGAGAAUAAGAAAUCCAAAAGCUGAAAAAGAUGCCUACAACGAAUGGAACUACAGCAAGUUCAGAUUAUGGCAGCUGACAGAUUAUGAUAAGAUAAUUUUCAUCGAUGCUGAUAUGCUUAUCCUCCGAAACAUUGAUUUCCUGUUCGUUAUGCCAGAGAUCUCCGCCACAGGCAACAGUGGUCCGCGUUUCAACUCAGGAGUAAUGGUGAUAGAGCCAUCAAACUGCACGUUCGAGCUUCUGAUGCAUCAUAUAAAUGAGAUAGAAUCGUACAACGGUGGAGACCAGGGCUACUUGAACGAAAUAUUCACAUGGUGGCACCGGAUACCCCGGCACAUGAAUUUCCUCAAGCACUUCUGGAUUGGUGACGAUGAGCAAGUGAGGCAGACCAAAGUCCAUCUCUUUGAGGCAGAACCGCCUAUUCUUUACGUUCUUCACUACUUAGGCAACAAGCCUUGGGUAUGCUUCAGGGACUACGACUGCAACUGGAACGUCGACCAGUUGCAAGAAUUUGCAAGCAAUGUUGCCCACAGGACAUGGUGGAAAGUGCACGACAUGAUGCCGGAGAAACUCCAAGGUUUCUGCAUGCUGAAAACUAUACAGAAAGCACAGUUGGAGUGGGACAGAAGGGAAGCAGAGAAGGCCAACUAUUCGGAUGGGCAUUGGAGGAUCAGAAUACGGGACGAGCGUCUCAUACGGUGCAUCGAUCAGGACUGCAGCUGGCAAGGCAUGUUGAGGCACUGGGGCGAGAACACCCCUCCAGCUAGUUUAUGAUCAACAACAAAUGUCAGCUGCUUCUUGAAUAGAUAGAGAUUUUUGCAUUGGGUGCUCUAUGAAUGCUUUAGACACAUUUAGGACAAUGAACAUGUUUCUUGAAAGUUUCUUAGUUUGAUACUUGGGCUGUUCCACUGAUUCAAUAUCACUGAUGACAUUAUUGC